AUGCAUCAUACCGUCACAUUGCUCCCGACUGUCUUUGAACAUUUUGGCUACCUUGUACCUCAAGUCAUGAAGACCACGUUCGGACUUGUGAUUAUUAGCUACGGCAUCGCCAUUGCUACAGCCCAAUCCAGCUACUCCGACAUUUGUUCCGGACCUCGCAACCGUAAUCCCCGAGCUAAUGUGGAUGGAAACUACAAGGUGACCUAUUACUGCGACUCUCAACUAUCCCUGCCCGAUACAUUCCAUUUGUCUGGCUUUGGAGUCAUCAACGCCGAAGACUGCGCUCGAAUUUGUAGGGAUGCUUCGAAUAAUGACUGCCGAGGUGCUGUUUGGAGCCAUAAGGACGCUGAGUGUUGGAUCUCCAAUUCUCAGGAAGGCGGAAGACUCAUCUAUGCCUCUGAUCUGCUCUAUAUUGACCCAAAUGAUCACACCGCGGAUCUGGCGCAGUGUCAGAAAGAGAAGACUCAGCUUCAGGCUGAACUUGAGAAAUGCAAGACGAGCGGCGGUGGAGAUGGAGGCUCCGGAAUGAAAUGCCCCUAUAAUGAUCUCAGCAACGUGAAAGAUGAUGACGGUGGCAAAACUUUCAAGGUCUACUGCAAGAGAUUGGAUGAUUUUGGUGCUGCAAACAUUCGCGUCUUCCCUGCUACCAAUGCUCAGGCUUGUAUCCAGGCUUGCGCGUAUACCGAUGGCUGCACUCGAGCAAUCUGGGAGACAAAAGCAACCUUGAAAGACCCGACCAACUGCUGGCUUCGAGGUUGGCAAGGAGUCAACAAGGUUCCGACUACAGCUAGCGAUGCUUACAGCAGUGCCCAUCUCCAGUAG